GUUCGUAAUCGCCUCUAUGGUUCUUUGAAGCCUUUGCAAAACAUGAAAAAUUUGAAAUUUUAUAAUUAUGAUAAUACUGAUGUAGGAAGAGAUUUUAAAGAUGAAGAUAUUUCCCCAGAAGAAUUGGGAAAAUUACCAGAAAAUUUAAAUCUUGUUGAGAGAAAUUAUUAUUCGCAAUAUCUAAUUGACAAUCAGCAACAUCCAACUCUUCAAGAUUAUUAA